AUGAUCAAGCCCGAUGUGUCGCUGGACAAGAAUGCAGUCAACAGGAUCAUCAGCAGGAUCACGGCGCGCGGGUAUGCGAUCAAGGACCGUGUCGAUAUCAAGCUGUCCAAGGCCCAGGCGCGCGCAUUCUAUGCUGAGCACGAGGGGAAGCCGUUCUUUGAUGCCCUGAUUGGGUUUAUGACCAGCGGACCAGUUAUUGCGCUGCUACUGGACGGCGACGAUGUGAUUCGUGGGUGGCGCAUGAUGAUCGGUCCGACCGAUAGCGAGGCAGCGCGCCAGACUGCUCCAUUGUCAUUGAGGGCCCUGCUUGGAGCGAAUCUGCAGUAUAACGCCGUGCAUGGCAGUGACUCGCUGGACAGUGCCAAGCGUGAGCUGACGUUCUUCUUC